UCGAGGGCCAAAAUGGUGACCUGGACCUCGAAAACGUAACGCGCGUCAGGCUGGUCCAGUUCCAAAAGAACACCGACGAGCCGAUGGGAAUCACUUUAAAAAUGAACGAGGAUGGGAAAUGCGUGGUGGCACGAAUUAUGCACGGCGGCAUGAUACACAGACAAGCGACCCUUCACGUGGGUGACGAGAUCAGAGAAAUUAAUGGGAUUCCGGUGGCCAAUCAAUCUGUCAAUGCCUUGCAAAAAAUACUCCGGGAAGCACGAGGUUCGGUGACCUUCAAGAUCGUGCCGUCUUACAGGAGCGCGCCGCCCCCGUGUGAGGUACAAUUGUUCAGGAUUAAGCCUCUACCAGUGUUAAUAUUCGUACGAGCGCAAUUCGACUACGAUCCGUUGGAGGACGAGCUGAUACCCUGCGCCCAAGCCGGGAUCGCGUUCAAAACCGGCGACAUCCUACAGAUCAUCAGCAAGGACGAUCAUUACUGGUGGCAGGCGCAGAAGGACAACGCGGCCGGUUCCGCGGGCUUGAUACCUUCGCCUGAACUUCAGGAGCGACGCAUCGCUUACAUGGCAAUGGAGAAGAACAAACAAGAACAAGAUGCUGAAGGAGAAGGAGGAUGUUCUUCUCACACCGAAGGCUGCGACGGUUCGACAGUGAAUUGCUCAAUAUUUGGCCGGAAGAAGAAGCAGUACAAGGAUAAAUAUCUCGCGAAACACAACGCAGUAUUUGACCAGCUGGAUCUGGUCACCUACGAGGAGGUCGUUAAACUUCCCUAUCCUGCAUUCCAACGGAAAACGUUAGUCUUACUGGGAGCUCAUGGCGUUGGUCGUCGUCAGAUAAAAAAUACAAUUAUUGCUAAGCAUCCUGAUAAAUAUGCCUAUCCUAUUCCACAUACAACGAGGUCUCCGCGAAACGACGAAGAAAAUGGUCGGAAUUAUUACUUCGUGUCGCACGAUGAAAUGAUGGCUGAUAUUGCUUCCAAUGAAUACCUCGAAUACGGUACGCAUGAGAACGCGAUGUACGGAACGAAGCUGGAGACGAUCAGAAAAAUUCACGAAGAGGGGAAGGUGGCUAUAUUGGACGUCGAGCCGCAGGCGUUGAAGGUGUUACGCACGGCGGAGUUCGCGCCUUACGUCGUUUUCAUCGCGGCACCGCAGUUCCAAAAUAUCGCCGACUGUGACGGAAGCCUGGAAAGACUGGCGAAAGAGUCGGACUCGCUGAAGCAGGCGUACGGCCAUUUCUUCGACCUGACCAUCGUGAACAACGAGAUCGACGAGACGAUCGUGCAGCUGGAAGCAGCGAUUGAACGCGUGCACACGACACCUCAAUGGGUGCCCGUGUCCUGGGUCUACUGACAGCGAACCUCGCCAAUCCGUCAGAUCACCAACUGCAAUGGCUCGUCGAAUGUGAGACAGUGAUCAUCGAAUCGCGAUCCACCGAACGACCGGUCCGUUUGCGAUCGCUUUGCCGCGGCCACGCGAUCGAAAGGAAAGAAAAAAGCGAGAGAAAAAUAGAAAAAAAAGCGACACGCCUGUUUGCAAAGAAUUCGCGGUGUGCCGCGGGAGAUCACCCAUCGUGGUUGACCCGGGAGUGGCCCAGGCGCGUGGAAACACGUCGGACCAAUCGAACGAACGAAUUUUCCGUCAAUUCUUCGAUUGAUCUACAGCGUACGAGAUCUCGACUGGAAUGCGUGACUUCGACCGUGUGUUCAUCGACUUUUUUCAUUAAUAUUCAUUAAUAUUCCCCCUAACUGUAUCGAUUGGAUCGUCGUUGAUUGUUAUCGGAGUUCGCGGAGAGAGCCGAAGAGACGGGACCGACAAUUGGAAACAUGUUCUAUCCCGAGGCGCGGAAUACGACAAUCAAAAAGCAGCCAGAGCAAGAUACGUAAAUGCGUUUCGAUUUCGAUAUACAUAUAUAAGUUCCAGAGAACCAACGUCGCUUCUUCGGUAUACGUAAGCAAUACGAUUUCAUGUAUCGCCUCGGUUAAUGUUAAUCAAUUUCGACGAGCAGUGAUUAACCCAUUUGCAUUGCUCGCGUGGAUGAAUGGUGCAUGUCGUUCAUAUUCAAAUGUUAUCGAACUUUUGUUUGAGCACGAAAACGUAGGGAACUUAACGAUCGACAAACGAAUUCGACAUCUCACAUUAACAUCGUCAAUUUUUCGCCUAACGCGUGAUGUUUCCUUACACGGUACGAACAACAUUGACAUCUCCAACGUGGUCCAAGAACAUAAUGACGUAUGCGUUUCAGCUGCAAGUGGGUUAACGACGGAGUUCGUUUCCCCGCGAUUAUUUCGGUCACGCAGUUUCCUCUCUUCCUCUCUCCGCAUCGUUACGCUGUCCCGUUCCGUUCUCUCGCCGUUCUGUGAUCUCUUAUUUCUUGCAUUUUACCCAGACAUUCCUCGUGCCACGUAUAGUGCGCGUACACGAAUUUAUCGCUAGUUUCGUCAGUCUGUGCGGUCUGUACGUAGAGAUACAAUGGUAACGAUUCGAGUUGUUGCCCCAAAAAGAACGAGAAUUCGAGGAGGAGCACCGAGAGCACGACAACGUUUGCCUUCCGAAGAUCGUACGUACACAAGAGGAUCAAAAACUGUCGAACGGUCGUUCGAAUUGUUCACGAAUGUUGACCGAGUGGACACGGUUGUGGUUCUUAAAACUGAAGGAGAAGAAUCUGUCAAUCGACUAUCCGUAAGCUGUAUUUGCCUCCUAUCGUACUCUCUUAUAACUAUUUACACAAAAUGAAAAAAAGGAGCUCUAGGACCGCGCCGUCCGAUAGUCCGCCGCCGCUAUCCCACCGUUAAUCGUCAAUCUUCGUCUGUUCAAAUUGAAGGAUAACCGGACUAUCGACGGCUAGUCGUUUACCUGUAACUUUAAGCAGUAGAGAAACUUCGCCGAUUUCGUCUAGUACUUCUGACAUCUGACGGGUGUUCGUCCCGCGAUGAACUAUUCGUAAAUUAUAUGCGCAAGCGCUGCCCUUCUUUAGCUACCGUUUCCCCUCUUCACUUUCUUUUCCUCCGUAAACUGAGAUCAGUUCGAUUUCCAGACUAAACUGUCCUUGCUAUUCUUAUUUCUUCGCUGAAUCUAGGACGUCGUACCGUGCGUUGCAUUUAUGCCUUUACCGAAUGGACAUCAAAUUCACAACUACUUAUCGCGUUCCGAGUUCGAGUUGAAACGCAUGGAGCGAACGUUUUAGGGACGGCCGGUGAUUAUCAGCGAACUAUAUUCAAAUACGGGAUUACGUUUCGACACGCGACCACCACACGUAACACACACGUCGACUGUAAUAUCACUCGGUUCGCAUUGCACCCUCGUACAAAGCGCAUAAUCGAAUGACGAAGUGAAGGAAACGCGAUUUACUAUACGAUAUUUAUAACACGUAAACUCAAGUAAAUAGAUAGAUCUACCAACUAUACGAAGUAAUACUAUACACCGUCUUGUAUUAAAGAAGGAGGAAGGCGAAAAAUGAGAAAUUAAACGAAACUCCAAAACACGUACACAGAUUCAACUGCAGCGACACACUUGUAGACGUUUACGGAACGUACAUACACGUACAUACAAGAAAACACAUAGACAGAGUAUAAAUACACGUACGAAGAAGUAACGUGGUUUCACGAGAAACAAAUGUAAUAAAUAGAUAAUUAAUUACAAACGAUUCAAUAAAUUAAUUGUGUAACUAAUUAAAUGACUAAAUUAUUAGGAGACUAAAUAGGAAAUUUGCAUAAUGCAGCCCGUAGAGCGAGGGAGUGAAUGCGUGUAAGUACGUAAGUACGGGUAUGGUGUGAAGCGUUAUUGCAUCCGCUGAUGAUUCUGCGUUGUGAUCGAACUAUCGCGCGGCUUCUAUUCAGAACUUGUUCAAAUCACGGCUCAACUAACUUGUAAAGAACUCGAGAGAAACAUACGCCCGCGCGCGCACACAAACCACACAUACACACACACAUACACAUACACACACGGUAUACACAAGCUACAUGCGUACCAUAUAAACGAUAUACACAACUACGAAGGAACGCAUAGAUUUUACUACGUUCUUCCUAUUCGAGACACAAUUAAUAUUAGUCGUCGAGCGUGUAAUUAACAUUUAUUGAGACGCGACACGUUUAUUCGAUAGCGGAAUCGUCGAGCUGCAGACCCACCGCGUUACACACGAAGACACAAGUCUGAAAAAUCUGUUGAGAGAGUGUGAGAAAGCCGAGAAAACUACGACAUAGAUUAUUGCGGAACGCGUGAGAAAGAGGAAACCUCCGCGAGGAGAUCCGUGUCGGGUAUGAUCGUUUUGCGUGAAUGAUAGACAACUCGAGAUAUGCAAGGAGAACGAAUUUUCAGUGAUUUUGUAAUAUUUCUUAUAAGUUGUAGCUGCCAUAUCCAGUAAAGUUAAGUACUAGGUGCCCUGGAUGAUUAUCUGACGACGGCUGUCACGAUAACGAUUAUUAAAACGGUGACGAUGAUUGUGGUGGUUGGUGGUGAUGAUGAAAAAGAGAUAAAUGACGACGAUGACCUCGCGAAUCAUCGAUCGACGAUCCUACGUGCUCCUGCAAGUGUGUGCCCGCGACUUUGGAUGAGCUACGCUAAGAUGUUGAAAGACGACGGGUCUAAAGAAAACAAUAACGGUUCAUUAUAAUUAUGUAAUUAUAAAUAAGAAAAAGAGACUAAGAAUAUUAUAACACGUUGUUAAUUGAAUUAAUAAAACUAGCCCGAAGUGUCUAAGAA